UGAUCGGUGGUAUCUGUUUAAGAUAUAUUCUGUAUAUUGCGCAAAGUUAUUUAUAUAAUGUUCAUAGCGCGUUAUGUGUUUAAUUAAAACAAUAUUCUGUGCAUGUGUAAACAUUUCAUAAUAUAUAAAAGUAUACCAAUAUACUCGUAUUAUGGUAGUUAUUAAGUGGGUGGCAUUCAAAUGUUUCCUGCAUCGAAAGACCGGCCGAGCAAAGGAUUUCUAUCAAAAGAGAAUGCAUCAAUCUGCACGUGGGCCAAGCUGGAGUACAAAUAGGCAACGCGACUUGGGAACUUUACUGUCUGGAACACGGUAUUAAACCAAAUGGUAUAUUGACUGAUCCUAGUGAAAGAUCAAUUUGGCAAGCGGACAACUGUUACACAUCAUUUUUCAAUGAGAGUGCCAAUGGUCAACUGGUACCAAGAAGCGUUAUGGUUGACCUAGAACCGACGGUUAUCGAUGAAAUUCGCGUGGGCACUUAUAGGAACCUUUACAACACAGAUCAACUAAUAACUGCUAAAGAAGAUGCUGCCAAUAACUAUGCUCGCGGUCAUUAUUCAAUCGGGCGUGAUGUCAUAAACAAUGUUAUGGAUCGCAUACGCAAGCUCUCCGAACAAUGUAGAGGUUUACAAGGUUUCUUUGUAUUCCAUUCUUUUGGAGGUGGCACUGGAUCAGGUUUUUCCUCAUUGUUAAUGCAGAAACUCAAUGAUACUUACCAUAAGAAAUGUAAGUUACAAGUAGCAGUAUAUCCAGCGCCGAAGGUUUCGACGGCUGUUGUGGAACCCUACAAUGCCAUUUUGACUACACAUGCAACAAUUGCAGCAGCGGAUGUGGCAUUUAUGGUCGAUAACGAAGCUAUUUAUGAUAUCUGUCGAACUAAGCUAGGCAUUGAACGACCCCGCUACACUAAUUUAAACCGUUUGAUCAGUCAGGUGGUUUCCUCAAUUACUGCUUCUCUUCGGUUUGAUGGGAAAUUAAACGUCGAUUUAUCUGAAUUCCAGACAAAUCUUGUGCCAUACCCGAGAAUUCACUUUCCUCUAGCAUCCUAUGCCCCAAUUAUUUCAGUAGCUAAAGCUUAUCAUGAAGGCAUGAGUGUCAACGAGAUCACAAUUGAAUUGUUUAACGAUACCAACCAAAUGGUGAAAUGCGAUGCCAAAAAAGGUAAAUAUAUGGCUUGCUGUAUGCUCUAUCGUGGAGAUGUCGUACCAAAAGAUGUAAAUGCUGCCAUAACUAUUCUUAAAGAAAAAAAAUGCAUCAAAUUUGUUGAUUGGUGUCCAACCGGUUUUAAAAUUGGCAUAAAUAAUCAGCCUCCGACCGCUGUUCCUACAGGCGAUUUAGCUCCAGUUAAAAGGGCUGUUUCUAUGUUGUCAAAUACUACGGCUAUUCAACAUGCUUGGGCCAAAUUGAACAAGAAAUUUGACCUGAUGUAUGCAAAAAGAGCAUUUGUCCACUGGUACGUUAGCGAAGGUAUGGAAGAGGGAGAAUUUAUCGAGGCCCGACAAGAUCUAAGUGCAUUAGAAAAAGAUUACGAAGAGGUAUCUAGCGAUUUUAUAGAUGGAAUUGAUCUCGACUAUCAGACAACGGAACUUUAA